CAGUGCGUCGCCGUUUUCUGUUUAACAUUUUAAUUUUUUCGUUUAAAAACAAACCGCAGUGUUUAUUUUAUUGCAUGGAAGCCAUUAAAAAAACAACAGUUAACGCAAACCUGCCGAUCUGUUUGUUGGUCGACUUUUUGCCACAUUUCCUUACACAUGUGUAGUACAUACAUACAUACAUACAAAUCGAUCCGCAUACGUGUUUCCUGUUUAUACCUCGCCCUGCAAGCCACAAAGCAACAGUUGGGCUUAACGCGUUUAGGUGUUAACAAAGAAUAUCUGUGUACACACAUGUGUAAUACAUACAAAAUUUAAUAUUUUAACAAAAGUAAACAAACAACGAAGGAAACGCCAAAGCCGCGACGCGUGUGUCAGAGUGUCAGUUUGUGUGUGUGUGUGUGUGUGUGCCGAGCUGUGCAAGUGUGCGUGUGACUGAACGGCGCCAACUAAAUCGAAAAAAAUAAACGCAAACCUAAAGACAACAACUAAUACUACUACCAACAACAGAAACAACAGCGAUAUAAUACCAACAACAACAACAAAAAUAGCAGCAACAAAAACAGCAGCAGCUAGCAGCAAGUGAAUCAACCGCAACAACAAAAACAUGUCGGAUUCGUAUUAUCAGGGCGAAUACAUAAAGCACCCCGUUCUUUACGAACUCAGUCAUAAAUACGGCUUUACAGAUAAUCUACCCGAGAGCUGCAUGCCAAUACGCCUCGAGGAGAUCAAAGAGGCCAUACGUCGAGAGAUACGGAAAGAGCUGAAGAUAAAAGAAGGCGCCGAGAAGUUGCGCGAAGUUGCCAAAGAUCGGCGCUCCCUAAGCGAUGUGGCCGUACUUGUUAAGAAGAGCAACAGCAAAUUGGCCGAGCUCAAGUCAGAGCUGCAGGAAUUGGAGAGUCAAAUACUGUUGACAUCCGCCAAUACGGCAGUUAACAGCAAUGGGCGAGAUUCCGUGCUAUCGAACAUCUUGUCGAGCGGCGCUGACGGGUCAGUCAUGCACCCCGGCUCGGGCGGCAGCAAAUCCGAUGGCGCACCAGCUACGCCGAAUGACAAAGUGCUGGCGUCGCUGGAAAAGCAACUGCAGAUCGAGCUCAAAGUGAAAACAGGUGCAGAGAAUAUGAUUCAGUCGCUGGGCAUUGGCUGCGAUAAAAAGCUUCUGGCUGAGGCUCACCAAAUGCUAGCAGACUCCAAGGCGAAGAUUGAAUUUCUUCGCUUGCGCAUUAUUAAAGUCAAACAGAAUCGAGAACAGGCUGAUAGGUUAAAAGCGGCGCGUUUGAUAACCGAUGAGAACGGUGUAGUCAUUGCUACGGCGCCCCAAAGCUUAGAGACAACCCAGGAGGAGCGCAUUGAGGAGCUGCGUCAUCGGUUGCGCAUCGAAGCUGCCGUGGUUGAUGGCGCAAAGAAUGUUAUCCGCACGCUACAGACAAAUCGGGCGCCGGACAAAAAGGCCCUUCAAGAGGCACAUGGCCGUUUAUCUGAGUCCUCUCGAAAACUUGAUCUCUUGCGCUAUUCCCUGGACUUGCGGCGUCAUGAGUUGCCUCCAGACUCGCCCGCGGCUCUAUUGCUAAAGACCGAACUUCAGAUUGUACAGCAGUCUACCUCGCCGGCCCCGGUAACGUAUACCUCGUUACAAGGCAGUCAGGGUGGUCUAUAUAGUGGCAAGCCAUACCAAUCAGUAUCAUCACUGGGUCGCUGUGCCAGCGUUACCGGUAAAUUGGAGGUACGUCUUAUGGGCUGUCAGGAUUUGCUCGAAGAUGUGCCUGGCCGUUCGCGGCGCGACAAGGACAACACCUCCAGUCCAGGCGAUUUGCGCAGUUUCGUUAAGGGUGUCACCUCGCGCAGCAGCUCUAAAAGUUACUCCGUUAAGGAUGAGACUUCCACGGAAAUUAUGGCCGUUAUCAAGUUGGACAACAUUACGGUGGGUCAGACAUCAUGGAAGCCGUGCUCACAACAGGCCUGGGAUCAGCGCUUUUCCAUCGAUCUAGACCGUUCCCGGGAGCUCGAGAUUGGUGUCUAUUGGCGCGACUGGCGUUCGCUUUGUGCCGUCAAGGUGCUCCGUCUCGAGGAGUUUAUUGAUGAUGUGCGCCACGGCAUGGCACUACAGCUGGAGCCGCAAGGUCUUCUCUUUGCGGAAAUCAAAUUCCUUAAUCCAAUGAUAUCACAAAAGCCGAAGCUGCGACGCCAGCGUAUGAUCUUCAACCGGCAGCAAGCCAAGAAUAUACCGCGUGCCAAACAAAUGAACAUUAAUGUGGCCACCUGGGGUCGUCUGCUUAAACGAAAUGCUCCCAACCAUGUGCACCUUAGUGGUGGCUCUGGCUCGUCUGUCCCCACAGGCUUGCCGGGGGCCGGAACCCGUGAUUCUGAAUCACCCAUAUCGCGUACUCCCUCUUCGGAUGCGCUGGCUGAAGAGCCUGAGCCGUAUUCUCCCGGUGAGCAAGCGCAAAAUAUGGAAUACGAUCCCGAUGCGGGUCUGCACGAACAUGUGGAGACCCCAGGCGAGUACCCAGAUCCCGAUAUGAGCGGACUUAGUGGAAUGCGGCCUCUGUCAAUGCAUGGCGUCAACGUACUGCCGCCUGAAUCUCCUUCCGUGGCCACAACUUCGGCGGCAGCUUCCUUUGUACCAACCAGCAACAGGCCAAAUUCGCUUCAUUUACAAAUAUCGAACAAGUCACAGGCUACACAAGGGUCUAGCAGGACUCCGCCAACAACAGCGCCACCACCGCCUCCAUUGGCAAAGGCUACUCCCUCGCCCACGGCAAUAGAUCAAGAGGAAGCAUUAGAGGCAUUUGAAUUCCUCUCUGCUAUGGACUCACAUCCGAACACACUUCGCCGGCCCCACCCAGAGUGGCACACGGAAAAGCUGCAGCUCGAACAGCCGGAAACAUUUGGGGAAAACGAGCAACGAGCAUUGUCACGACCACUUCAAUAUGAUGAAAAACACAAAAGCCUUGGGGCACAGCGUUUUAGCGAACCGAAUGCGCUCGAAACAUCGCAGUGGCUUGCCCAGCAUACUAGUCAGUCAGAAAUAAUACGCCAGCCGUCCAUGGCGUCCAGCCAAAUCUCUCCAAUGCCCCCCCAUGUCGUCGGCAGCAAUGAAACAUUAACCAUUCUAUCGCCCGCCCGCUCAAGCGAUUGUAAUUGUUUUGAGAUGAAGUUACCAAUACGCGAACAAUUUCAGUUGCAGACCGAGAAACAUCCUCGCGCCCUGAUGCGCGUCGAUGUUGAGCCACAAAAGUCAAUCAAUUCUGUGGAUCAUCUGCUGCACCGUCCAGUCCUAACGCUGCCGCCAGUGCUCCUUGGCGGACGCAGUGCCAACGAUGAGGAUCCAAUGCCACCAUCUCCGGCACCCAGCACUAUGCCCCUAAUCGAGUAUCCCGAUGACGACGACGAUUAUUGCCUUAAUGCUGACACAGACCGGGCCAAUCGCCUGAUUACUGAGAUCAGCCAUAGUUCCAGUGCGAUUGAUCGAACCUGUGUAGAGGCUCAAAUCAAUCUUGUACAUAUAACUCUUGAACCCAUCCGAACAAUUAUCGCCCCUACUACGGCGACAGAAACAGAAACCGUAAUCGUAACCGAAACCGAAACAACGGCGCCUAAUUGUGUUACCGAGGAGCUUGACACGGCGUCAAUAGCGUCAGCAGCAGGUUCGCAAAUAAUCGAAAUUGUCUUGCCAGAAACCAUACAAGAAUUUCGCAGUGCGCCUUCAAAAGAGACAGAACAAAUACGUAUAGGAAAUGAAAAUGAAUCAGCCGUGGUGGCGCAGAUAAUUCCACCACUGGGCAAGCUUCAUGUGGGCAGCAGCAACAAUAAUCAGCAGCAACAGUUAACAUUUGUGCAGUCAUCGCCGAUUAUACAGGAACCACCCACACCCACCAUUUAUGGCAGUAAACCGACCGCUCCGCAGUUCCCACAGCCGACACAGCGUGGCCAACAAGAAAAGCAGCAGCAGCAGCAGCAACAACAACAUAAGCAGCAACAGCAGCCCAUAUAUGCCAAUCAAUACGAACUCAAUGUGGCCAAAGCCGCUGCAGCAGCUUCCGUUUACACCCCAGCAUCAUCCUCAAGCGCUGCUCAACAACGUCGCAAUGUUGCACGUGGCCUACAAUAUCGGGAAGCCGCAGCUUCUAGCGAAGCACGGCAGUCGAUGCAGUCUGGCAUGCUCUCCAUGGACAACUUCCGUUUGCUGAGCGUGCUCGGUCGGGGUCACUUUGGCAAAGUCAUUCUGGCCCAGCUCCGCACCAACCAGCAGUACUAUGCCAUCAAGGCGCUCAAGAAGGGCGACAUCAUAGCCCGAGAUGAGGUCGAAUCACUGCUCAGUGAAAAGCGCAUCUUUGAGGUGGCCAACGCGAUGCGGCAUCCGUUCUUAGUCAAUCUAUACUCGUGCUUCCAGACAGAGCAACACGUGUGCUUUGUAAUGGAAUACGCAGCCGGUGGAGAUCUGAUGAUGCAUAUACACACGGAUGUGUUUUUGGAGCCACGUGCUGUCUUCUAUGCUGCUUGCGUCGUGCUAGGACUACAGUAUUUGCAUGAGAAUAAAAUAAUCUAUCGCGAUUUGAAAUUGGAUAAUUUGCUGUUGGACACGGACGGUUAUGUGAAGAUAGCUGAUUUUGGUCUGUGCAAGGAGGGCAUGGGCUUUGGCGAUCGUACGGGUACCUUCUGCGGCACUCCUGAAUUUUUGGCACCCGAAGUCCUAACAGAGACUUCGUACACUCGUGCAGUGGAUUGGUGGGGCCUAGGUGUGCUGAUCUUUGAAAUGCUGGUUGGAGAGUCCCCCUUCCCGGGCGACGAUGAGGAAGAGGUAUUCGAUUCGAUUGUUAAUGAUGAAGUGCGCUAUCCGCGUUUCCUCUCACUCGAGGCCAUAGCCGUAAUGCGAAGGCUAUUGAGGAAAAAUCCAGAGCGCCGACUGGGCUCAUCGGAACGUGACGCAGAGGAUGUCAAGAAACAGGCCUUCUUCCGCUCAAUUGUGUGGGAUGAUUUGCUGCUAAGGAAAGUGAAGCCACCGUUUGUUCCAACAAUUAACCAUUUGGAGGACGUUUCAAACUUUGACGAGGAAUUCACAUCUGAGAAGGCACAAUUAACACCACCAAAAGAACCGCGCCAUUUAUCCGAAGAUGAACAAUUGCUCUUCCAGGACUUUUCAUAUACGGCGGAGUGGUGUUAAUUCCUUACUUAUCAAUAAUAGGCGUUAGAAUUUUUGCUGGACUCCAAGUAGUAAUUACUAGUUCUCUGAAAUGUGCCUCACUAUUGGUGUAGUGUGUUUGUGUUUACCAGCCAGUACUAAAAGCUACACAUAUAGACCACAUAUAGACCCCGCAAAGCUCAUCAAUCGUAAAUAUCUUUAUUAGUUAAACUGAUAGAUAAUUUAUAAAUUGCUUAAGUCCAGUUAAAAUUAUGAAUACGUUUAAUAUAAAAUAUCCUUACGUUAGUAUAUACAAGUACAUAUAUAUUUAAACAGAUGUAUUUACCGUGAGAGUGUUGCUUUACAUGUGUCUACAUAUUUGAGAAUAUUCAAUAUAAUAGGGUGUUUUGUACGAUGCCUAAAAGUCAUGGUCUCGGAUCAGUUAUAUUGUUAAAACUGCCUGUUUACAGAUGCGUGAUAUAAAGUAGAUUUCACGUAAUCCUCCAUUAAAUGCGUCAAUUCAGUAUUUUUAGAAUCGAAAUCAAUGACUUUUAGGCAUCCUACAUGAAAUCUAUAUCUAUAUUAUUGCCACGCUUACAUGCUGUGGCUUAUCAAAGAAAGCAUUUUCCUACAAUCAGUCAUUACAUCACGAUCUAUGAAGUUUCAAACCCCAAAAUAGAAAUCAUGUCAAUAAAUAAGUUGUCACAUGAUCAGCAUUAAUAUUUAUGGAGGACGACAGACAGGUAGUAGUUUUCAGUAAAUGCAUUGAAUAGUCUGAUAACUUUUGAAAGCCUUAUAUGCAAUUUUUAUAGUUUUUGGACAGAUUUUGUAAAGAGGGUUAUAUUUUAUAGAAGACAGAUAUACAAAGCUACUUUACAAGCGAUAGAAGAAGUAACGAAGAAAAUGUUGUUGCGAAAAGAGAGAUAUAAACUUAUAUAUUUUUCAUAUAUUUCUGUUCAACAUAACCAUAUAAGCAAGCACAUCAAAGUUAAACAUAUGAAUAUAUUUAAAAUUUCAUAUACAUAACUUAUUUUAAUCCGCAAAAUGGAAAGAUAAUUAUUUAUAUGCACAUGCAAGAGAUAUAACAUAUUAAUACUACUAAUCAAUACCACUUAUAUACCAUUUAUAUACACGUACAUGCAUAUCUAUGCACCGAGAACAGAUCUAUAUUUUAAAUUGUAUAUUCGAGCGUUUGGCAACUCAUUUGCCAAGCGUCUAAAUUGUAAUAUUUUAAUGAUAUACAUACAUACAUAUACAUGAAUGCUUAUAAAAUUGUUAUUUAUUAUUGUACUUCUAAAAUUAAUUGCUUUGAGCAUUUUUAUGAAUUUUACGAUCGAAAAUUUUAAACUAGAAGGUUCAAUUGCAUGCAAUCAAUUUGUUUUACAAUUAAGAAAUAUUUUUAUUUUAAUGCUUUAUUUAAAUUAGAAUGCCUAAUUAUAUACACAAUUUAUGUUUUAAUUAUAAAUUUGAUUAUGCGCCUUCAAGCUAAUCUAAGAACCAUGCGGAAACAAUGUUAUUUAUGCAGCUCUGCAGUACCAAUAUUCAUAACAUUUAUUGAAUAAAUAUAUCUACAACAUAUGUAAUAAGAAUGUAUGUAUACCUA